UUCAACCAGAACUGAUAAUUAUCAACAACAAAAUUUAAAUAAUAAUCAUCAUCAUAAUGUUCAUCAACAUCAAAACAAUAACCAAAGGAUAAUCGAUAAUACAUCCACAUCACCAUCGGGUACACCUCGAAUGCCCAUAAAUGGAUUGGAAACAAGUACAACUACAACUACAACGACGACAACAACAACAACAAUACCACAAAAAUCAUUGCCAUCAUCAUCAUCAUUUAUGGUUGGAUCUUCACCAAAUCAACAACGUAGUUAUUGGUUACCAUUAUUAGCGAAUCAUCAAUCACCAUUACCAUCACCACCAUCACCUUCACCAUCAUACGAUAUGGGCGUUGAUCAUCAUGCACACCCACCGCAUUAUCUUCAUCAUAAUCAUCAUCAUCAAUUACAGAAUCAACAUUCACCGUUUUCACCAUCACAUUUUCCAUCACCACCACCAGCACCGCCAUUAAUUCCAUCCGCUCCAAAUCAUAAAGAUAUUUUAACAACACAACCACCACCACCGCCAAUGCUGUAUUCCACACAAACAACCAAUUCUAAUUAUGGUGGCUAUCAAAGCCAAAAUAUUUCGAAUCGAUCUCCAGUUGUGUAUGUAUAUGAACUACCAUACAAUAUCCGUAAAUCUAUUUGUGAUCUUCUCGAUGCCGAUAAUUCUUGGCGUGAACUUGGUGGCCUUUAUAUGGGUUUUAAUGACACUCAAUUGACAUUAAUUUCACAUGCAUUAUAUCGAAGUGCAUCACCUACAAAUGAAUUGCUUACAAAAUGGGAAUCUAGUAAUGCCAAAGUAUCACAUUUAUUCAUAUAUCUAGCCCAAAUGAAACAUCAUCGUGCUUUACAUCAUUUAUUGCCAUUUGUUAAUCAAAAACUUCGUAUAAUGUAUGAAACAACCGAUGGUAAUCCAUCGUUUGAACAUCUUGAAUCAAUGUAUAAUCGAUCAAAAUCAAAUGAUUUAUCAUCAAUCAUAAUCAAAGAUUUAAAUGCCAAACAAUCAACAUUGAAAAAUUUUAUGGAAAAUAAUCAUCAAAAUAAUUGUGGCCAAUCGGAUGAGGAAAAAACAUUGAUCGAUUUGCAAAAUGAUACAAAAAAAGCUGGAUUAUCAAAACGAUCAAAAUCGAAUGAUCAAAAAGAGAUUGAAUAUUUAUUGAAAAUUGAUGAUUUUAAGAUUACCUACAAAGAACUGGUGAUUGCUACCGAUGAUUUUUCCAAAGAUAAUGUUUUAGGUAGUGGUGGAUUCGGUACCGUUUAUAUUGGUGAUUGGAAAGGCACUGAAGUUGCAAUAAAAAAAUUAAAAGGCCUGGAUAAUUUAACUCAAGCAUUAACAGAAUUACGAAUCCUGAAUUGUUGCCGUAUUGAUAAUAUUUUACCAUUAUAUGCUGUAUCCUUGGAUGGUCCAGAACCAUGUCUUGUAUAUCAAUACAUGUCUAAUGGUUCAUUGGAAGAUCGUCUUCUUUGUAAAGGCAAUACUGUUCCAUUGACAUGGAUUCAACGUGCCAAAAUUGGUGAAGGUGUUGCUAGAGCUUUAAAUUUUCUUCAUACACUCAAAGGCAAUCCAUUCGUACAUGGUGAUGUUAAAAGUGCAAACAUUUUACUUGAUCCAAUGUUUGAACCAAAACUUGGUGAUUUUGGACUAGCACGUCAAGUUGUUAAAAAUAGCCGUAAUGAAAAUUCAAUAUAUACACAUUGUACUGUUAGUUCAGUGAAUGGAACUAGUGUUUAUUUGCCAGCCGAAUAUCUUCGUCAGAAAAUUCUUAGUCCUGCUGUCGAUGUUUAUAGCUAUGGUAUUGUCAUAUUAGAAAUGGCUACAGGAAGACGAGCUUAUGACGGUAAAAAAUUACUCAUAAAUUCUGUUGAAGAUGAAUAUAGUAAAGUGCAGAAUGCUACGUUACAGAUUCAAUCUAUUAAAUCAGAUAAUAAUAAUAAUCAAAAUCAGAAACAAGAUUCAAUGAAUGAAAAUACGCUUGAAUUUUUAAUGGAUAAACGAAUUGUUAAUCUUACAGAUAAUCGUCAUUUAUUCAACUAUCUUCUUGAAUUAGGUCGAAGAUGUGCCCAUAAAACUAAAUCAAAACGUCCAAUCAUGGUUCAGAUUCUAGAAUAUUAUAAUCAAUGUCGAGCUACUGAAAGAAUAUAUCAACUAUGUGAUAAAGUUAUACAGAACAAAAUGUCAUCAUCAAAAGAUCAAUUAUCGAAAACAAAUGUAAAGAAUCCUAUUGAAUUACAAUUAUGGUAUGAUUUCGUUAGAAAAUCCUGUGGAACAUUGAGUGAAGUUGUAUUUGAAAAUUUUGAUGCUCAAGUUACGAAAAUAAUUGAAGAUUUAGUAUCAUCAAAAGAUUCGAAUGAAUCCACAUACUAUUUGGAUCUUUUACUUUGUUCGAAAAAUCGAUUAUCAAAUAAAUCAUUGAUUCGUUCACGAGAAAAUCCAGAAACAUUGUCAACAGCCAAUAAUAAUAAUAAUAGUAGUAGUAAUGAAUCAUCAAUUUCAUCCAUAUUAUCGUCAUCGAUUAACACUUGUAAUCAAUUAUCAAAUUUAUCAAUCAAUAACAAAACAAUUGAAUCGAAUAAUAAUGAUGAUUUAUCCAGAAUUUUAAAAUUAAUCAAUCUUGAUCAUAACAUUGAACAGUUACAGCAGCAACAACAACAAGAACAUGUGAUUUCCAAAAUAACAACAAUGAAUGAUGAAAAAUCUUCAUUGAAAAAGUUUUGA